GCGCGGGCGGGGCGCUUUUGCGGAAGCCGGCGGCGUCCGGUUCAGCCUCCUCCGGGAGCAGGCAGUUGGCGACCCCGCGCUAACCCGCGCGACUCUGUCCCGAUCCCCGAGUUCUCUCACACGGUGUCCGGACAGAUCGAAGCCAUGGCCAUUCUUUUCGCUGUUGUUGCCAGGGGAACCACUAUCCUUGCCAAACAUGCUUGGUGUGGAGGCAACUUCCUGGAGGUGACAGAGCAGAUUCUGGCUAAGAUACCUUCUGAAAAUAACAAGCUAACGUACUCACACGGCAAUUAUUUGUUUCAUUACAUCUGCCAAGACAGGAUUGUAUAUCUUUGUAUCACUGAUGAUGAUUUUGAGCGUUCCCGAGCCUUUAAUUUUCUGAAUGAGAUAAAAAAGAGGUUCCAGACUACGUAUGGUUCAAGAGCACAAACAGCGCUCCCAUAUGCCAUGAAUAGUGAGUUCUCAAGUGUCUUGGCUGCACAGCUGAAGCAUCACUCCGAGAAUAAGGGCCUAGAUAAAGUGAUGGAGACUCAAGCCCAAGUGGAUGAACUUAAAGGAAUCAUGGUCAGAAACAUAGAUCUGGUAGCUCAGCGAGGCGAAAGAUUGGAAUUAUUGAUAGAUAAAACAGAAAAUCUCGUGGAUUCGUCUGUCACCUUCAAAACAACCAGCAGAAAUCUUGCCCGAGCCAUGUGUAUGAAGAAUCUCAAGCUCACUAUCAUCAUCAUCAUCAUAUCAGUUGUAUUCAUCUAUAUUAUUGUGUCACCACUCUGUGGUGGAUUUACAUGGCCAAGCUGUGUGAAGAAAUAAAAAAGUUAUCAUUAACCAAGGAUACGACAGAACAAGGAGUUAAAAGCAAUCCGUGUGAUUCAAGCCUUUUAAUACUGAGAGAUGGUGUCUGCCAGUCUCUUCAACCCUCUUCUUUCUCUCUCUUUUUUUUUAAUAUUCUUCUAUGCCUCCAGAUUUAUCUUUGUCCUAUCAACCAAUUUAUUCCAGUGCACUUCAGACUGAACCAUUUAUUGCA